AGAAGAGACAGUGGCCAAAACACCUUCCCCAAGUAGUCUUUGCUUACAACACCACCGUGCAUUCUUCUACUGGAUACUCCCCCUAUGAACUCAUGUUUGGGCGCAAACCUUUCUUACCCGUGGAUGCCCUCCUGGGUUUCCAUGAUUGCGAUGGGGAAGGCUCUGUUGAGGAUUGGGUACAAGAACAUCAAGAACGCCUCAGAGUGGCAUAUGAUCUUGCCGGGCGCCAUCUGGAGGAGGCAGCUGCGAAAAGAGCUAGUUGUCAGCCCCAGGCCAACGCAGAGCUUCUCCCGGUGGGCACCAUUGUCUAUCGACGAAAUCAUGUGCAAGGCCGAAAUAAGAUUCAGGACGUAUGGGGCCCAGUCAAGUAUCGAGUGGUCAGAUGCUUGGAUGAUGAGGGUAGAGUCUACGCCAUCUGUCCCGUAGAGGGGGAAGGACCAGUGAAGAACAUCCAUCGCACGGAGUUACGGGUCUGUUCCCCCUGCCCCGGGCCAGAGCCAGGGCCCAGCGCAGGGACACCAGAAAGAGGCACUGAGUCGGGUGCGUCUAACCAGGAAGACGAGUCAGAGGAGGAUACAGAGUGGUUGGUGCCGGCAACACCAAUCCAACAACAGGAGUUCAUGGGGCCCAGUAUAGCAUCCCCAGUCAGAGUAGCUGACCCACCUGCACCGGGUGCAGAACAACACGAGUCCCCUACGGUCCCCGUUUCGCCACCACAAGAUGUAGGAGGGCCAUUGGUGGAAGAUGACGUGUCCGCCGAGGUUAUCCCCCGUCGGUCAUCUAGGGCACAACGGGGUUGCCACUCAAACCCACACCGAUUACCUCGAUCUGUGGCCGCGGUGGGGGGUGAGGAAGGGGCUGCAGCUCACCUGUCAGAGGGGCCUCCCAGGUCUGUUUAAGCUAGUAGGUCAGGGUGCGAGGUUGGGUCACCGGGACGGUUCCAUUCCAAGGUGGGGGUGUAUGUGACCGGUGGUCAUGCUGAACUUUUAUUCUGACGGGGUAAACGACACUCCCCUUUCCUUCCGGUAUGUAGCUUAAGUCAUCGCGGUGGUAGCUAGCUAGCAGACGCUGUGUUUUUGAUGCUGUCGAGUGCAGCGUUGGCACGCCGCUCUCUCUGUCCCUCCAGUUUGUGGUUGAGCCAUCGUACGGGAAAGGUAGGCGUCCUUCUCGGUUGAUUCAUUGCUCUUUUGGUGCAUUGUAAUGUACUUAGUUUGUUGGUUACUGACGCCAUUUAACUUAAUCGCAGCCCUGUCCAUCCGCAACUGGCGUGAACCCAGCUGGCAGUCGGCUACUGUUCUGGAGCUUGUAUGCCGAGCUCGGCAAACUCGAGGUAAAGUUGCGGUCCGUACGUUUCUCUCAUGUGUUAUGCGAACGUAGUCUCUGUUGUGACUGAUGUAAUGUUACUCUAUCGCAGUAUCACUGGUGGCGUGCUUCCACUUCGUGCCCUUUGUGGUUGACUACUUGCGUGCCGCUUCGAGAGAACCAAAGUUUCCUUGAUGCACGGUACCCAGCUGGAACCCGGCGUGACCCAUAUCCCGACUUGCGCUUGGCAGACCUGAUCUGGAGGUAAUGCCUUCAUUUUCUGUAAGAGAUGCUUAGCACUUGACUUGUGUAGGGAGUUGUGUGGGGUGGGAGUGGGGGUGCUCCGCAGGUGUGAUGGCGGGACUGGCGGCGUGGUGCUUUUGAUAUCGCGUUGUGGUGUCGCGGUUGCACCUGUGGGAGCGCCCGCAUUUCCACAAUACACAACUCCUGCUUAAUUGAUUUAUAAACGCCGUUUCUAAUGGUAACUUUCUCGUUAAAUGUACAUAGGAGGAGUUGGUGCCUUCGACUACACUGAUGCAGUAUCACUAGAGAAGGGGGGCAUUACUGUUCUUUUCCCAACCUUUUGUUUUGUUUUUGUCCUAUUGUGAAAGUGAUUUAUCCUAUGCAGCCUUUCACUUUGUAACGUCCGAGACGAAGGGGCUCGUGUAAGUUUCACUCUAACAUCCAAGACGAAGGGGCUUGUGUAAUUUUCACUCUAACAUCCAAGACGAAGGGGCUUGUGUAAUUUUCACUCUAACAUCCGAGACGAAGGGGCUCGUGUACGUUUCUACUUAGUAACAUCCAAGACGAAGGGGCUUGUGUAGGUUUUUCACUCUAACAUCCGAGACGAAGGGGCUCGUGUAAGUUUCUACUUAGUAACUGCCAAGACGGAGCUUGUGUAUAUGAUUAGGGUAUGAACACUGAAGUAUUACUGGGAGACGCAUCUUAAACCCCAGACUCCUUUUUGGAACCUGUACUUGCUGUAGGGAGAGACCAAAUACGUGUGUCUAACAAGUGUGUGUGUGUGUGUGUGUGUGCGGUGGCCAUUACCAAUUUUGCCCUUUUGGCAGUUUUGUUUUCUUUUGUUAUCAGUGUGGGAAUUUUGUGUUAUUUUGGUUUGUUAUUUUCUUUUAUUUUGAUUUACUAACUCUGUUUGCAGUGCAAUUUUUUGUUUGGUCUACCUCUCGUGCAACUAGCACAUUUGCACAAUUUUGUAUUGAGAUGACGUGCCUUUAAAUAUUGUGAAAAGUUCAUAUUCUAUUUUUAUAUUGUACUGAGCCCAUGAGGCAUAUUUGACACAGAGACUCAUUACGAGAAAGAAAAUAAAAAGAACUCUGAAUUGUA